AUGGGAGUCGGACGCCGUAUGAAAAAGCAAGGCCCUCCAGAGCCUCUGGACGAGGCGCAUUUUACAAAUCUGAAGCGCAAGGCGGGCAUGUCUGUAACGGAAUCACGAGCAGAAGCCCAGCAAUAUGCGAAGAAACAACGAACAUCUGCUAGCGGUGCAGAGAAGAGGAUUAGGAAGAAGAAACCUGCUGCCGGAAAGGAGAAGGAUAAUACCAAAAAACCAUUCACCAAUGGCUUACCUGCGACGCAGCAGAAAGCCAAGAAAAAGCCAGAAGCGGUGCCAUUGCCAAUGUCUGACGACGAGGAUAUGGAAGAGGAUUCCGACGCUGCGGACCUGAUGAAUGACGAAUUCGAUGAUCUUUCGGGGUCAGAUGGCACGCCUGGAGGGCUAGGGGACGACUUCUUAGAUUCUGGGAGUGAAGUGUAUGAUUCCGGCGAGGAUCAUCCCAAAGCCAUGUUCUCGGAUGACGAAGAUGAGUCGGAUGCAGAAGAAAAGCUCACAGCUGCAAAUAUUGCGGGCUUAUCGAGAAAAUUGGAUGAGCAAAUGUUGCAGGAAGCAGAGGAUGCCCAGGCUGAAUUGGAAGAUGCUGCCAUGCAAACAAAUAUCGCUGGGGACAGGCCGCAUAUUUUGGAGGACGAGGAUGACGAGGAUGUAGGCGGGGUUAAGACCAAUGCAUUGUUAGCACCGGAUCUACAGCUGUUGAGAACCAGAAUCAAUGAUACAGUACGAGUCCUAGAUGAUUUCUCGAAUUUGUCAGAAGAGGGCCGGUCGAGGGCGGAAUACACGGCUCAGUUGCUGAAGGACAUAUGUGCGUACUACGGGUACUCGCAAUACCUUGCUGAAAAGUUGUUUAAUCUGUUCCCUCCUAAAGAAGCAUUCGCUUUCUUCGAGGCAAACGAAACCGCCCGGCCGGUGGUCAUCCGCACAAAUACCCUUCGAACCCACCGAAGAGAUCUAGCAACAGCACUCAUCAACCGGGGCGUUACGCUUGAACCCGUGGGCAAAUGGUCAAAAGUUGGUCUCCAGAUUUUCGAAAGCGGGGUACCUCUAGGAGCAACUCCAGAGUAUCUAGCUGGGCAAUACAUCCUUCAAGCCGCCUCCUCCUUUCUCCCCGUCAUGGCGCUCGCUCCCCAAGAAAACGAGCGCGUCCUCGAUAUGGCAUCCGCUCCCGGUGGAAAGACCACGCAUAUCGCUGCUCUAAUGAAGAACACUGGCUGCAUAUUCGCCAACGAUAGCAACAAAUCCCGUGCCAAGGGUCUAAUUGGUAAUAUCCAUCGCAUGGGAGUUAAAAACACCAUUGUCUGCAACUACGAUGCCCGCGAAUUCCCUAAAGUAAUGGGAGGUUUCGAUCGAGUUUUGCUCGAUGCCCCUUGUUCCGGCACAGGCGUCAUCGCCAAAGAUCCCAGCGUCAAAACGAAUAAGACCGAGAAGGAUUUCCUUAUGCUUCCCCAUUUGCAAAAGCAGCUCCUGCUCGCCGCAAUCGACUCCGUGGAUCAUUCCAGCAAAACAGGCGGCUAUAUCGUCUACUCUACUUGCUCCGUCACGGUCGAGGAGAAUGAACAGGUGGUGCAAUAUGCACUUACGAAACGUCCGAAUGUAAAACUCGUUGAAACCGGGCUAGUUUUCGGCAAAGAAGGGUUCACCGCUUACAUGGGAAAGAACUUUGACAAGAGCCUGAAGAUGACAAGGAGGUAUUACCCCCAUGCAUAUAAUGUCGAUGGAUUCUUCGUCUCGAAGUUCAAGAAGACUGGUCCUUCACCGGGCGCUGGUGGCAAUGCUAGUGCUCCAGCAGUGAAGAAGGAUGUGGAUGAAGAGCUACUCGUCGACAGGAGACCUAUUCCGCAGACAGAUGAGGAUGAAGACGAAGCCUUCGGUGGCUUCGACGAGGAUGAGGAUGAGGUAUAUAUUGAGCGAGCGAAGAAGAAUUUGAUGAAACGGAAGGGCCUUGAUCCUCGAUCAAACAAGGGUGAUGCCAAGAAGAAGGGAGAAGAAACGACUAAGACGCGAACGAAAAAGGCUGUGGAGGAUAAGUAG